GCGACCCUCGACAAUGCAGCUGGCAUGGCGAGCGUUCGGGCGAAGGAAGAUGGCGAUAUGCGCCGCUCCCUCUCCUCCUACCCAUCACAACAACACGUGCAACUACAGCUCGGUCUCUCAUGGACACCCCCCCUCCGUACCAAACUCCUUCAUCCUCCAGCAUUCCAACGCUACGAAUGUGCAAAUCCCAUUUGUGGUUUGCAGGGUGAAGGCGGCACGCGCCUCAUGUAUGCAACGUCGUCUUCCUACCCCGCACUUUGUGCGUGGUGGUAUAUCAGCAGCUGGAAUCCGUCAGUUUUCUAGCAUGCAGAACAAAGCCGGGAAGCUGUUUGUGUCUGGCUGGUCCAAUUCCGGUGCGUUGGGACUGGGAAAGGACGUGGUCAAGGCCAAGCAACCAACAGAAAUCCCGAUACCAGAACCUGUGAUUGAUGUCUCCUGCGGCAAGAAGUUCACAGUGUUCGUCACAGAAUCGGGAAAAGUCUACUCAAUGGGCGACAACAAGAAUGGAGAACUCGGUAAUCCUAAUGCUGGGUCGUCUUCAUAUGAACCAACCAUUGUGCAUGGGCUCGAUGGGAUCAAGAUCGUCAAGAUUGCUGCAGGACAAUAUCACGUCCUUGCCCUCUCUGACAUCGGCGAGGUCUACUCCUGGGGAUGGGGUGGAUCAGGUACCCCCGGUGCGGGAGUUGGUGCACUGGGCCAUGGAGACAAAGCUUCCCUGCCAGUGCCGAAACGAAUCGAACGUUUGAACGGCGAAAAAAUCACCAACAUUUCCUGUGGAGCUAAGCACAGUGUAGCGCUCAGUCAAGAUGGAACCAUGUUCACCUGGGGUCAUGGUGAGCAAGGCAGGCUCGGACACGGCAACAACACAGAUUUCUUGCAACCGGAGCCGAUCUCUGAAUCUCCAGUGAGACCAUGGCAGCUCAGACUGUGCAAGACAUAA